GAAUCACGUGUCCUUAUACGCCAGCUGCACCUUCGCGAGUUACCGGCGAGUGGAGUGUGUGUUGUUGAUGUUGUAAACCGGUAACGGGGCGUCCCGUGGAGGGCUUACCAUUGCAACAGGAGUGUAUAAAAGAAAUGAAGAUGACACGCCGUUGAACACGCCGAAAAGAUGCGGUGCUUGAGUUUGCUUCUGUUCAUAAAGGUGGCUACUGAUGCAGCGACGGACCUUUACGUGACAGGAGCGUCGUUCCCGCCAGAGCCAGGGGUAAGCGCCGCACCUACCGUCACAUCCCCCGUCGCACCCCGCUAUACUCAAGCCCGGGAAGAGUACGGGCAUCCCGGGAUUGCGCUCGCCCGGUCUGCAGAGGAGCCGACGGCGCCGAGCUCGGAGGACGGAGAGUCGUCUCAGCACCACGGAGGAGGGUACAAAAUAGUGCAGUGGGAAUGGAGCUACGUGCAGACACCUUACAUUAUAGCCAGCUGGCUUUUGGUGGCCAGUGUGGCAAAAAUACUAUUCCACUUCUCUCAGCGGUUUACCACAGCGGUCCCAGAGAGCUGUAUGCUGAUUCUGCUGGGUCUGGUUCUGGGUGGAGUGGUUCUUAUCGCCAGCAAAAAGCAGCCGUACCAACUGGACCCUGGGCUGUUUUUCCUCUUUCUUCUGCCAACUAUAGUGGGGGAUGCUGGGUAUUUCAUGCCUGCACGGCUCUUCUUUGACAACCUGGGUGCCAUUUUGAUGUACGCUGUAGUAGGCACAUUGUGGAAUGCUUUCUGCACUGGAUUCUGCCUAUACGGAGUCAAGAUGGCAGGGGCCAUAGAUGAAAAAGUAGAUGCAGGUUUGAUGGAGUUCUUGUUGUUUGGAGCUCUGAUCUCGGCUGUGGAUCCGGUAGCAGUGAUCGCUGUUUUUGAAGAAGUCCAUGUGAAUGAGACACUCUUCAUCAUUGUCUUUGGCGAGUCACUGCUCAAUGAUGCUGUCACUGUGGUCUUAUAUAAAGUGUACAUAUCCUUUGUGGAAGUGGGACCAGGGAAUGUUCACACCGUAGACUAUUUUAAAGGAAUUGUCUCCUUCCUCAUUGUCAGCAUUGGAGGGACUUUGGUUGGUCUCAUCUUUGCUGUUAUUCUGGCCUUCGUCACUCGUUUCACAAAGAAGGUGCGCAUCAUAGAGCCGCUGUUCAUCUUCCUGUUGGUUUACCUGGCCUACCUGACGGCAGAACUCUUCUCUCUGUCCGCCAUUCUUUCGAUGACUUUCUGUGGCAUUGGCUGCAACAAGUAUGUGGAAGCUAAUAUAUCCCAGAAGUCCCGGACCACUGUGAAGUACACCAUGAAAACCCUGGCCAGCAUUGCAGAGACAAUCAUCUUCAUCUUUUUGGGUAUCUCAGCUGUGGACAAGUCCAAAUGGGCCUGGGACACUGGCCUUGUUGUCAGCACACUCAUAUUUAUCUUAGUCUUCAGGGCCAUAGGUGUAGUAGGACAGACUUGGUUCCUGAACUGGUUUAGACUGGUUCCGCUUGACAAGAUUGACCAAGUGGUGAUGUCAUAUGGCGGUCUCAGAGGAGCUGUGGCCUUUGCUCUGGUGGUUCUUUUAGACAAAAAACAUGUGAAGGCUAAAGACUACUUUGUGGCAACAACCAUAGUUGUGGUUUUCUUCACAGUCAUGUUUCAGGGAUUAACCAUCAAGCCUUUAGUGAAAUGGUUGAAAGUCCCACGCAGCACAAACAGAAAACCUACCAUCAACGAAGAGAUCCAUGAGCGUGCCUUUGACCACAUUCUGACAGCUGUGGAGGACAUUGCUGGUCUGAAUGGCUACCAUCACUGGAGAGACAAGUGGGAGCAAUUUGACAAGAACUAUUUGAGUAAGUUGCUGUUGAGAAAGUCUGUGUACCAUAAGAGUGAACUGUGGGAGGCCUAUCAGAAAAUCAACAUCAGAGAUGCCAUCAGUGUCAUUGAUCAGGGUGGGAAUGUGUUGACUUCUGCUAGACUCUCUCUGCCUUCCAUGGCCAGCAGAACCUCUUUCCCAGAGGUCACAAAUGUUACCAACUACCUGAGAGAGAACGGCAGUGGGGUGUGUCUAGACCUCCAGGUAAUUGACACAGUGCCAGGAGCCAAGAUAGAGGAAGAACUAGAGACACAUCAUGUGCUUGCUGGAAACCUCUACAAACCCAGGAGACGGUACCAGUCCCACUACAGUCGCCACUUCAUGACAGUGGGAGAAAAAGAGAGACAGGAUAGGGAGGUGUUCCAGAGGAAUAUGCGCAACCGUCUGGAGUCCUUCAAAUCCACUCGCUACAAGCGUCACAAGAAAGACCGCAGUCAGAAAAAGCGAAAAGGGUCAGAUGCAAAAGAGCAAGACGCCAGUGAAAAACCCAGACGAAAUGUCAGCUGGCAGGACAAAGCACAUAUGUCUGUAGACCCAGUUGUGGUUCCAAUGGCACCUGAGGAGGAUAUACAUGAUCCUUCUGAACCAGAUAAAGAUGAUGAUGUGGGCAUCACUUUUGUGGCUCGCAAAGCCCCAGAAACACCAAAGGAGAGACCAAAAUCAGUACCAGCUGCUCUGGAUGUUUGUCAGAGCCCAGUUUCCGCCCCUCCCACACUGACAUGUGGAGAGAAAACCCUGCCAUGGAAAAAUGGUGUGGGUUCUCUCCCUCCCUGUGUGUCUGUGGAGGCCACUAAAAUUAUCCCAAUAGACCUGCAGCAGGCUUGGAACCAAAGCAUCUCCUCUCUGGAGAGCCUGGCUUCUCCUCCAGAGCCCCUGCAUCCACGUGUUAGCGCCCUCUCGAGGCUGGGAGGACCCCUGCGGACCCCCGCGAAGGGAAAAAGCGGUGGUGGCGCAGGAUCAGGAAGUAAUACAAGUUCCCCAAGUUCAGGGCCGUUGAAAUUCCCUGCAGGGAAGGAGGAAGAGGAGGAAGGCACCCUCUCUCAGCAACAGCAAGAAAUGCAGCCGCUAAUGUCGUCUUUGAGGCCACCGCCGCCACCUCCUCCACCACCUGCUGCGCAAUCCGCCGGAAAGAGAAGGAAUCCUUGUGUAUAUCUUAGGAGUCUGGUGACAGUGCCAUCUUCUGGUGGGGAGCCACAAAGCAGGAAGCCAACCAACUGUAAAAUCACUUACUUCAUUCAUCUUACAGCUGGCAUUUACUUCCUCGGGCCAGAGUUUAUUUUUAAGUCGGCAAAUUCAUUUCUAAGAGACUAUUAAUUUGGUUUUCUUUUUUAGUGCUAAUAGGUGACAUGGGUUUAGAAAAGGUUGGUAGUUUGCUGAGGAUCCAGUUCUUUGUGUGUACAGAGCAGUUCUUUCCUACAGGAAAACCGUUCCACUUUCUAUGUUUUUUUUUGUUGUUUUUUUUUAGUUUGAAGUGAUCUGCCCUGUAUCAUGUACCCCUGUAUACGUGAUUGUCAAAAUGUUCAGCUACUGAACAUAUAUAAGGCUAAACUACUUUCAAACGAGCCACUGGGCAUGUCUGUUAAACAGUGUUUUUAUCCAACUUUUCCUCCCUCACUCACACAUAAAAGAACAGCAGAUCAUUUCAUUGUUACUGUUUUAAUCUUUAAAUGACUCAAUCCAUCUUAAAACAAGAAUGAAUACCGACUGGGAUGAUAAAGUAACACAUUUUCUUGCAGCACAUCACAGAAAGCGCAUGAGGUCAGGGUCACAGCCAUUAUCUCUCAAUGGGCUUGGAAUAUGCAUAACAAAUCCCCACACACUAUGUUGCGAUGACAAAUAAUCCUUGAUGAUUGUCAGGAGCAUUUAUGAUGUGUACGGGAUACAUAAGCUUCUAUGCUGCACAUUACCUGUUCUCUGUUGUGUUUGGCAAAAAAGCAAGGUCUGUUAAUUUAUUUUCUAUUUAUGUAUCAACUUCAUGCCUUUUAUUCUUUUGCUUUCAAAAUAACAGGAUUUUGUGAAUCUGUAUUUUAAUCUACAAAGCUACAGCUGUUUUAAUAACCAAAGUGUUUAAUGUUAAUGUUUAAUAUUUAUUUUUUUUUGUCUGUCUUUACUUCAUUUUAUGACACUAUAAUCAUGAAUAAUUAAUUGUGGAUCAUUAGAAUUUGAUGUGCCUUAUCAGUUAGUAGUAGUAGGCCACAGACUCAUCAAUGUAAUCUAAUGCACUUUCUAAUUUGUCUGACAAUGACAAACAUAUAGCAUACUGUACUCCAAUUCUUCAGAUGUCUUCAUCCUUUAAGGUUCUAUGCCAUGAACGGGUAUAGUAUAUUGAAUUUGGGUUUUGCACUUUAAAUGAAAAGCCAUUUAGACCACUUUACCUGUGGUGUGUUUUUGAAGCUGCUUGCCUAUUCUUUUGCAUUGCUGUGUAAUUCUGUGUAUGUCCUGAGGAUUGUUGUGCCUUGAGAGGGACGGUGUUAUAUGUUAAGGAGGCCUUGUUGAUCUCUAUUGUGCCUGUGAACAGUAUGGAGUGGGUCAGCAUUGUCUUACUUGAACUUGUCGUGUUAGCAAAAAUGUUAACCUAAUCAUUUUGACCCCAUUGAAUUGGAAUUGGAAUUAAAUGAUCCACCUAUUAAAUUAAAAAUUAAUUUUCAGA